AUGGCCUCAAGCCUGACUGUGAAGGUCCAUCCCGUGGUCUAUAUGACCAUGGUUGAUGCCUACGAACGCCGAAGCCGAAUGAAAGGAAGCGACAAAGCCCUGGGUACUCUACUGGGAUUCUACGAAAAGAAUGUCGUCCAGGUAGUUAAAGUUUCCUGAUGGUCUUAAAAGGGAUGUUUUCAGAUAACCAACUGUUAUUCGAUUCCAUUCAGAGAAACUGCCGAGUCCCAGGAAUUGGAUGACACGUUCAACAAACAGAUGUGGAAUUUCUGUCGUCGUGCCACUCCUUCUGAGCAAAUCGUCGGAUGGUUUAUUACCGCCGGCGAGGUGACUGAAGGUUGCCAUCUCUACCAUAAUUAUUAUACUCAGCUAGUUAACGAUAUUGCUGUGAAGAAGGAACUCCCCCCAAUAGUUCUUCUGACUUUGGAUGUCACUUUCCAAGGACCAACGAAGGGGCGCCUUCCCAUCAGAGCCUACACUAGGCAAGUGUUCUUCGUGAUGACUUAAAGUAUUUUAGAUGUGAUGGCGGGGUACCUGGUCAAAGUCCUCAAGCGGCCAUCUUUCAUCCAUUGAAAGUUGAAAUGGACGCCUUCCCAGGAGAGAGUAUCGCUCUCAGCGUGGUUCAGGUAAGAUACAAUCGUUAUCUCAUUUUUUAUUUGAGCAGUCUUUCAAGUGCUUGACCAUUAGGUCAUAAUAUUUGCGUUAUAUUACAGAAUGGGAUUUACACCGAUCGCAGAGAAGUUUUCCUGAACAAUGAAGAUGAUUUACGCAAUCUGACCGAGACCACAGAAGAUCUUGUUCGUUGGCUGGAGAGAAUCUUAAGUUAUGUGGAAGAUGUCUUGAGAAAACCCGAACCCACCGCCGAAGAUCAAGCUUUUGGACGAAAGUUGAUGAACAUUGUGAAUAUUGCGGCCACUCAACUUCAAUCCGACAAGUUAGAUGCGCUUGUGAAGGGAAGUAUUCGUGAUUAUAUGAUGGUUUCUUAUCUCUCGCAAUUGGCCAAGACUCAGUUGGCCAUCCAAGAGAAAUUGUUGACAAACUAA